AUGUCUUCUCUGUCCAUGCAACCCUUCCGAUUCCUGGACCUGCCUGGUGAACUCCGCAACAACAUCUACGAUCUGCUGUUAUGCUCCUGGGACGACGAGCCUGGGUAUGAGCCUGGGUCCAUAAAUGGACUGUGCAAGCGAUCGCCCAGCUACGAUGCGCUGUCACUUCUACGUACAAAUAAGCAGAUUCACGAAGAAGCGUUCGAUUACAUGAUGAGGCGCAACCAGUUUGUACGCGUUACCUGCCGAGGACUCGAUGUCAACAGCUUGUUCCUAGGAGACGAGAUGAUCCCAGCGAUUGCGACCGACCAACGCAAAGCGAGACAGUUCGAAGGUUAUCUGAUGCAUCUUACCCUUUCGAAACCCGUAGUUUCAUCCGGAGCCUUCAAUUUUUCCGAGCAUGAGAUCAUGAUGCUGCGCGCUGAUCUACCCUUCUUAUGCCGACAAUUGGACGUUGAAACCGCGAUGACCGACGCAAACGCAACGACCAACGAGCACCUUUCCAUCAGCGCAACCGUCUCAUUUAGCCCUUUUCACUCUGAAAUGUUUACGCCAGCAACCCAGCAAUAUCUCCUCGACCCCAUCGCCUCACACGUCCGCGGCAUCUCCAACCUCAGUAUGAGCGGACCCGUCUCCACCAUGAUCGCCGAGGCCGUCAUCUCACAAGUCGCACAGCCGCGCUGGACAGACCCCAAAGCUACUCUCGACUCGAUUCACACCGGCACCGACGUCGGCAAACGCCAAUGGCAGAACAAAGAAUUCUACUCCGCAUCCGAAUCCUGGACCUACUCGAUGCGCACCCUGGAGCGCAUGCGCCACAGCUCUUCCUGGCUCGGUCUCAAAGCCGCCGGCGGCGAAGACUUUGUAAACUCUACCGCAGACCUGUACUUCACCCUCAACCUCCUGCGCGCCUCAUUCCUGCAAGUCGACAUGGCUAGCGAGCACGCUGAUCGCGCAACUGCCGCACGCAACGGCGCGAUGUCCCUGCAGCAUCUGAGGAAGUGCGAGACGGCGAGUGCGCGGUUCGCGCAGCAUGCUGAUGCGACGUGGGUGCCGAGUAAUGAGCAGGCGAGCAAGAUGCUGUUUCGUCAAGCGAAGUGUCUGCGCUUGAUGCACGCGAAUGCGAAUCUCGUGAAGGCUGUCACGUUGAUUGAGCAGGCAGCGGUCCUGGCACCGAACGAUAUCGUGAUCAGGGAUGAGAAAGACGCGGUGCGCAAUUGGGAGGCUGAGGUCGAGGAGUUGCAGCGUGAGAGGGCACAGGCACAGGCGGACAAGGUGGUGGAGCGGGCGUCGCUGUGGUCGUAUCUGAGGUGUGCUGUUUCUGAAUUGGCAUCGUGA